UACUCGUCAAUUGCACAAAACACGAUACCACCGUCAGCAAACUCAUCAGGUGAAGGAUAUCCACUUUUCAAGUCCCAUUUCUCACCAUAAGAACACCCCUGCACACUCUACACUCACCUCUGCAUUACCUGCCCAUCAUUAUUUAAUGACAUUACCAUUCCAUUCUUGUGGAUCUUCAAACACUUUCAGUUAGAAGUUCUGGGCACCCAAUUCAUGAUUCUUCAUUAACUGGACAUUCAAGAGGAGUUGUUUGUACAGGGUUGAACAAUCCCAGUUUCAAGUUCUGGGCACUUAAUGAUCGAUUUUUCUUUAACUGGGCACUAAACAGAGGUUUUCAUUAACUGGGCAUUGAACAGAGGUGUUGUUUGACUUUGUACAUUGUUUUGCACAGGACUAUUAGUUUAUAUAUGGGUUUGUAUUGAUUUCCACGCUAUUUUGCUCCCACCAUGGAACUGCCCAGGAAGCUUAUGUUAGCUCUGUUUUGGGCAUUUGUUUUGAAUGAGUUCUUUCAAAUACAACAUGUUUAUGGUGCAACUGUUAGCUACGAUAGCCGAGCUAUAGUGAUUGAUGGAAAGAGAAGAGUUCUGGUAUCUGGUUCUAUUCAUUAUCCUCGCAGCACGCCAGAGAUGUGGCCUGAUAUUAUUCAGAAAUCCAAAGAUGGAGGGUUGGAUGUUAUUGAGACUUAUGUGUUUUGGAAUAUCCAUGAACCCGUACAAAAUCAGUACAACUUUGAGGGAAGAUUUGAUUUGGUCAAGUUCAUAAAAACAGUUCAACAGGCUGGAUUGUAUGCUCAUCUUCGCAUCGGUCCCUAUGCAUGUGCAGAAUGGAAUUAUGGAGGUUUCCCGGUUUGGUUGCACUUGAUCCCUGGAAUCCAGUUCCGAACGGAUAAUGGGCCCUUCAAGACUGAGAUGGAACGUUUUACCAGAAAAAUUGUGGACAUGAUGAAGGAUGAGAAACUCUUUGCCUCCCAAGGGGGGCCUAUUAUCUUAUCUCAGAUAGAAAAUGAGUAUGGCAACGUUGCUGGACCAUAUGGAGAAGCAGGAAAGCAAUAUGUAAAAUGGGCAGCGUCCAUGGCUGUUGGUCUAGACACAGGAGUCCCUUGGGUGAUGUGUCAACAAGCGGAUGCUCCUGAUCCAGUUAUCAACACUUGUAACGGGUUCUACUGUGAUGGGUUUAAAGCAAAUUCUCCAAGCAAGCCCACAAUGUGGACAGAAAACUGGAGUGGCUGGUUUCUAUCAUUUGGGGGUCGUGUUCCUUAUAGGCCUACAGAGGACCUUGCCUUUUCUGUUGCACGGUUCUACCAAAGGGGGGGCACAUUUCAGAAUUAUUAUAUGUAUCAUGGUGGAACAAACUUUGGUCGCACAACAGGAGGUCCCUUUAUCGCUACAAGCUACGAUUAUGAUGCUCCUAUUGAUGAAUAUGGACUUUUGAGAGAACCUAAAUGGGGGUUCCUUAAGGAGGUUCACAAAGCCAUUAAACUUUGUGAAGCGGCUUUGAUAAAUGCAGAACCUGCGUACACUAAACUUGGUUCUGCACAAGAGGCGCAUGUUUACUCAGCAGGAUCAGGAACAUGUGCUGCGUUUCUUGCUAAUAUAGACACCCAUUCUGAUGCAACUGUGACAUUCAGAGGAACCUCUUAUCAUUUGCCUGCUUGGUCUGUCAGCAUCCUUCCAGAUUGCACGAAUGUUGUCUUAAAUACUGCGAAGAUUAGCUCCCAGACCACUUCUAUGCAAAUGAAGUUACAUUCAACACUGGCCGGUUCCCGUUCCAUGAAAAUUGCAGGCAUAGAGAUGGUAAGCCCAAAUUGGACUUGGCAGCAGGAGCCAAUAGGCGUUUGGGGAAGCAAAGGAUUCUCCAAGUCUGGCUUGCUAGAGCAAAUAACUACAACGGCAGAUUCUAGUGACUACUUAUGGUACACAACGAGUGUCCAAGUUGAUGACAAUGAAGUGUUUCUUAAGGAUGGGACACAGCCAAUUCUUAAUGUGAAAACAUUGGGUCAUGAUUUGCACGUUUUCAUUAACGAGCAGUAUGCAGGAAGUCAAACAGGGAGUAGCAGCCAGUCAGGUUUCACGCUGAAGAUGCCCAUUGCUUUGAAGUCUGGAAUGAAUGAUAUUGCUCUUUUAAGUAUGACAGUUGGCCUACAGAACUAUGGAUCAUUUUUCGAUACAUGGGGUGCAGGAAUCACUGGACCAGUGAUAUUAAAAGGCUUGAAUGGUGGGGACAAAAAUUUGUCCUCACAGCAGUGGACAUAUCAGAUUGGAUUGAAAGGUGAGCAGUUAAAGUAUUAUACGGGUGAGAGCACAGCUACCGCAACAUGGACUUCAGGAGCAGAUCUUCCUAAGAAGCAACCUAUGAUAUGGUACAAGACCGCAUUUGAUGCACCGGAUGGUAAUGAUCCUAUUGCAUUAAACCUCUUGGGCAUGGGCAAGGGUGUUGCCUGGGUGAAUGGGCAGAGUAUUGGACGAUAUUGGCCGGCCUACAUUGCUCCUGCAAGUGGUUGUACUGAUUCCUGUGACUAUAGAGGAGCUUACAGUUCUGGUAAAUGUCAAACAAACUGUGGUCAACCAUCUCAAAAACUCUAUCAUGUUCCUCGUUCUUGGGUUCAACCAACUGGAAAUGUACUUGUGCUCUUUGAAGAAAUGGGUGGAGACCCUACUCAAAUCUCAUUCAUGACAAGGAGUGUCAAAUCUUUAUGCGCCCAUGUAUCAGAGACGCAUCUUCCACCUGUAGAUUUGUGGCAAUUAAAUGCAGAGAUUGGAUCAGGAGGGACUAAACCAAAGCCAGAACUUCGUUUACAUUGCCCAUCAUCUGACCAACUCAUCUCAUCCAUCAAGUUUGCAAGUUUUGGAUCACCCAAAGGGAAAUGUGGUAGCUUCAUUCAUGGUCACUGUAAGACCGAUACUGCAAUGUCUGUUGUAGAACAGGCCUGCAUUGGACGACAAAGUUGCUCAGUGGAGGUUUCAAUAGACAAAUUUGGAGAUCCUUGUACAGGCACUACCAAAAGUUUGGCAGUGGAAGCUAGCUGCUCCUGAAUAACAAAAUAUCUAUCCUUUUGAUCGUGGAUAAUGUGAAUAUUGAUUAAAAGAUCAAAACUCCCUUACAGCACAAUGCUUAAUUAUUGAUUAGCAUUGAUGCUAGCUUUGGUCUUUGAAUAAUGUUAAUAUUAAUAAAAAAAUCAAAACUCUCGUAUAGCACAAUGCUCAAUUAUUUACUAGCAUUGAUGCUAGCAUUGGCCUGUGUCAACUAAUUGACAGAAAACAGUGCUCAAUGUACAUAAAUUCCAUGUAGAACACAAAAAGGUAUCGAUAAUUUCAAUAUAUAUCUGGCCUCUGAAGAGUCACAUGUUUUGAAUGA